ACCGCUUCGCAGGUGCACGUGGCAGUUUACCUCAAGCGACUGCACGCACGUGCAGGAAGGCGUACGCCGUUGCCCUCAGUCCUCAGGUGAGUAGGUGGCAUUCCUCCUCCUCUUCUGCAUCUCUUCUCUGUGCAAAUCAGCACCAGAUCUCGGUAGAGUGAGUAUCCGCCAGUCUGUAUCCUUCAAGAGAGAAUCAUGUUCGGCUAUUUCGCAGAGAAGCUCAAUGUGAAGAAUCUGGGUGAGCUGCUGGCGCCUACGCUCACGCCCGAGCAGGAAUUCCAUGCUGCAAUCGAGCAGGGGCUACACGACAAGUUUGUGCGCAUGCUGGACGAGCUGAAUAUCGAUCCUAACGCCAAGAACGAUGCGGGUAACCUCCCCAUCCACACGGCGGCGUACUACGGUCGCGUGGACUUCAUCGAGCUACUGCUGACGCGCAAUGUGGACGUCAAUGCCCUGUGCUCGCGCGAGAACUCGCCGCUUCAUUACGCAGCAGCGCAGAGUCGCGACGAGGCGGUCAAGUUCCUAGUGAACCACGGCGCCAAUCCAGCGUUACGGAACCGUAGCGGCCGUACGCCCUACGACGUAGCCAAGGGGGACAAUAUCCGCCAGUACUUGCUCCCCCUACAAUUCCGGCAUGAAGAUCCUGCUCAAGCUGCGACGAUGCUGCCGCCUGGAAUCACCCCGUCCGUGGAUCCGAUGGCACCUCGACCUGUCAUUGCGCCGCCCCCACUAAGCGGAGACUACGCGGCACCACAGGGUCCUCCCAUUGGAAUGCCCCAGCAGCAGACGCCGCAGAACAAUUUAUACGCUGCUGCUACGCACAGUGCGAUUCCACGAGGUGGACCAUCGCGAGUCGCUCGUCCGAAGGACUACCGUCCCAUCCAAGCUGACGGCUUCGGCUCGAGUGUCGGCAACGAGGAAUUGACGGCCAAGUUUGGCAAUAAGCGUGAGAUUAAAGUGACGGCACCACCCCCGUCCAUGAUGGCUCCACCGGCGCCUGCUUCGGCUGACAACGUCCCAGCAGAAAGCACUGCUGCGCCUCCUGCCCCUGGUGUGAACCCGUAUGCUUCCACGUAUGCUAAUAAGCCGCGUACGCCGCCAACUGGCGGGUACUCUGGAUACGCGCCUCCUAACGCGGGCGUUGCAGCUCGUGGGCCGCCUCAGUUCAAGAUCUUCAACCCCAAGUUGGCUGCUGGAGCAGAUGCUAACACCAACGCUGCUCCCGCUGCGGCACCUGCUCCUGUGGCACACCAACCUCCGGCCUUCGGGGCGGCGGCUCCUCAAUACGCGCCGCAGCAUGGUGCACCUCAGUACGACGCGCCUGCACAAGACGAAGAAGUGAAUUUAUCUGCUAACGCGAGUGUGCUGCAGUAGCUGUAGAGGCGGUAGCAGGUUGAAAUUGUGAGCAACAACAGAGAGUUAGAGUGCAACAUACCGGUACAGUUGAAGUUGCCUCGUCGCGUUUGUAGCCAUCCGGUUGUUUGUUUUAGCGUGGUCCACUCGAAUUAUCCGCAUAAUUGUUUCGUAGC